AUGGUGGUGGUCAUUGGUGGAAUGGAGGUUGUAGAAAUCGAACUGUUAGAUGGGUGUGGUGAUGGUCGUCAAGGAAGGGGAAAGCAGUGGUGGUCAUCAAUAGAAAUGAAGGCAAUCAUGGAGUGGAAAAACUUGGAACACUUGAAGAUCAACUUUCAUGAUAUAGAGGUGGCCACCCAUAAUUUUUCUCAGACACGGUGCAUUGGGGAAGGUGGAUAUGGUAAGGUGUACAAAGCAGAACUCGAACAUUUUGAUGGAAAAAAAUCCUUGGAGAUAGAAGGGAAUAAUACGUGUGAUCUGCCAAAGAUACGCAGCACUGUAGCUAUAAAAUGCCUCUUUAAAAGAAACGACACACAAGCUGAGGACGGGUUGGCCUAUGAUCAUGCUUACAUUAAGGAAAAUGUCAAGGGGCUUGCUCCCUUUGCCCAGCGACACUUCCAGAAUGGAACACUAAAGGAUAUGCUAGAUCCUAAACUAAAGGAAGAAUUUGAUGAAAACAUUUUUACUUUGAGUAAAGGUCCCAAUCAAGAAUCUUUGGAGACAUUUCUAGAUAUUGCAUAUCAAUGUUUGGCAGAAACUCAAGCACAACGUCCAAAAAUUGGAACUGUAGUCGAGAAACUUAAGAAUGCAUUACAACUUCAAGAGGAUUAUGAAAUAUGGGCACCCAAAUUGCCUCAUGACUAUGAAGAAAUUUUCAAGAUGUCAGAAGAAUCUGAGUCCUACUUCACUAAAAAGAAAAAGUACCUUCACAACAUGCUUUCCGAAGGAAUCCUUCUUCAAAAUGGCAAAGUGUUGUUUUCACUGGGCAAUAAUGGAGAAAGAAAUGAAAUGAUAUCAGCAAGAAAGUUGUUAUACAAACACCGUCGAUUACAUAAGUGGCCAUCUGUUCCGGAAUCAAGAUUUUGUGGUCCAAGAAAAUCUGUAGCUAAACGGAUGUAUGUGAACCUCAAGUUCAAAAAGGGGGAUGAAACCUUACAUGCAUAUUUUGCAACAUGGAGAGAAGAUGGUUGGGUGAUGAUUGAACUGUGUCGGUUCUUGAAGAACAAGGAACAUACUCACUUUGAGUUUCUGCUAGAGAGCUUCUCAAGAUGCUAUUGUGGAAGUCGUGCUCUUUAUGUUGAAGGCAUUGAGUUUCAAGCCAUUAACAAUGUGAAACAUGAUGAAAUCAAGGGAUUUAAGGAAACCCAACAAGUCUUGAAAUCAAAUUUAAAUGUGGACCAGGUGCAACAAUUGCCAAUGCCAGCUACUUCUGAAAGAGUUGAAAACUAUGAUGGCGAGGGUGAAAAGUUUCUCACACUAAAUGAAAUGAACAAAAAGAAGCAGUAUAUCCUUUCGGGAAAGGAAGCUCUUUCCGAAUCUUUGGAUGUGAAGCUUUUUAAUCUGAUACCAUCAACAAAGACCAGAUUUGAAGAUGUGGUUGAGCUCCAACGACAACAAGUGUUUCGUAUAAAGUGCAAGAUUGAAAGUCAAAGGUUGUCAUCAGAUACAGAAUACGCAUGUUACCUUGUGUUCAAGCUCUCAGAAAAAUGCCAGGGUUUGCAUUGUCCGGUGAUAGUACAGGAUUUACUCAACCGAAAAAACAAAGAGAAGGGAAUUGUUUAUUUUAGAUCCCCAAGCCCAUGUAAUGUCAAUGAUACUGAUCGGGUUCCAAAAGAGAGGGAAGAUGGAUGGAUGGAAGUCAAUAUGUGGAAAUUCAACUCAAGUAAUGAGAUUCGAGAUGAUUGUGUUUUUAUCAAUUUGAAACUGAUAUGUUAUGAAGGAACUAUGUCCGGCCUCAGUAUAAGCAGCAUCGAGUUUCGGUCAAUGUAA